AUGGCCGCCGCUAGAAGACUAUGGGUAAAGCUAAAACUAUCGUCCAAGUACCUUGCCACACUACCCAAGUUUGAUUCUUAUGUGUCCAAAUCAAGGUUGAAGAAAAUAGCACAAGACGAGAAAAAGGGAAUCAGUCCAUCAAUAUCCAGUCUGCAGAGAUCUUCUCCAGCCCCAGAAGGUACAGGUACUCCUGGGCCAACGAAUAAUGCAAGUAGCGCUGGUGGUGCUGGUAAUUCAGGGAUCAGCCAGUACAAAAUUAAUGUGGGACUUAAGGGUGACUCAACUUCAGGUCUCACCAUGAAUAGUAUAAACCCCGCCCUUUACGUGCUAGAUAAGUCAGGUAAACCAUGCAGACGCUGGGUGAAGAAGCAAAAACAGUUUAAGAGUUUCACGGGAUUCAAAAUGAAAUAUACAAAAUAUGAGGCGAAGGAGCCAAGUCCGAAAGAAGAAAAGAAGGGUGGAAGUAAAGCGACCGGGAAAGACCCAGUAGAAGCUAAAGAUAAGAUAACAACUGCAGCGACAGAGAUAAAAGUAGAAACAUAA